AUGCCAGCUCUAACCUCCCGGCUGUCGAAGCUCAAAUUCCUCGAGUUGAAGCACAACAAGCUUGAGGAGGUCGAUGAUCAGCUGAUGGAAAUGCUGCCCGAGAUCGAGUCGAUGGACCUGAGCCACAACCGCUUGGCAGAGCGUCCACUGCUCGAUGUUAAGGCCAGCGCUUUCAUAU